AUGGGCAGGCGUGACGACAGGAAGAAAGAAGCAAGAGAAGCUGACUUGAAGAAUCAUGGCAAGGCAGCACUUAGCCCUCUCAGCCCCCUGUGUAUAUACUUGGGAAGGAAAGAAUUCACUACUCCUUCUAAUCUUGUGUAUUCCAUGAACAUUGCUCAAGGUGGUCAGUGGAGGAGGAGAGGGCACCCUCCUUACAAGGUCAUCCCUCAGCUGGCAGGUGCGCAGGCGCGCGGCCACCAGCCGGCGGCGCUUGUCCGGCGGCCCGCAGUGGCGUUCACAGGCCCAGAGCCCGCCCGCAGGGCCCAGGCUUCCCGCCGGGCCUCGACACGGAAGCCCCUUCUCGCCGGGGCCAGUCCCCGCGCUGACCGCUUCGUGACUCUUCUGCCAAACAGAGACAGCUCUGCGGACCAAUCCCAGAGCCCGGAGAGUCCCUUCGGCAACUCGGCCCUUCGGCAAUUCGGCCCUUCGGCCUCUCGGCUCCUCGGCAUUUUCCGUAGCUGGGCCCCGUCCGGCCUGCCUCAGACCCGGGAAGCUUACAUCGACUGGGUGUCAUUUCCCGAGUGGCCCUUCUUCAGCCACUUCCGGGUCUUCCGUCGUCCCGGAAGCCCGCGAAUCCCGGAAGCGUGGGUGCCCGCGAUUCGGCUAGGAAAAGCCCAGCUUUAUGGAGAAGGUUUGAGGAAAGGUUCCGCGGCGCCUGGGCGUUCCGCAGACCCGGCAGCUCCCAGCAAGUAUGAGGCGGGGUCUUGAAGCAACAGUUCAGCAGAGCUCUCUACCACCU